GAGAGAAAAGUCUUCACAGAGGAAGAAGAAAUCACUCUUUUGUUCUGAAUCAGUGGGUGGAGGCCAAACCCUUCAGCAAGAAGAGGAGCAACUUCAGUCGUGUAUGCAAAUGGAUAACCAGUUGCCUCCCAAAAAAGUUCCAGGUUUCUGUUCCUUUCGCUAUGGAUUGUCUUUCCUUGUGCACUGUUGUAAUGUUAUAACAGCAGCACAGCGCACAUGCCUGAACCUCACAAUGGUAGUCAUGGUGAAUAGCACAGAUCCACAUGGUUUGCUCAACACCUCCACAAAGAAGCUCCUGGAUAAUAUAAAGAACCCUGUGUAUAACUGGAGCCCAGAUAUCCAGGGACUUAUCUUGAGUUCCACCUUCUAUGGUUUCGUCAUCAUCCAAGUUCCUGUUGGAUACUUCUCUGGAAUAUAUUCUACGAAGAAAAUGAUUGGCUUUGCAUUAUGCCUCAGCUCUGUGUUAAGCCUACUCAUCCCACCAGCAGCUGGAAUUGGAGUAGCUUGGGUCAUUGUAUGUCGAGCAGUUCAGGGAGUAGCCCAGGGGAUAGUUGGAACAGCCCAGUUUGAAAUACAUGUCAAAUGGGCUCCUCCCCUGGAACGAGGCCGACUUACUUCUAUAAGUACAUCAGGGUUUUUGCUGGGACCCUUUAUUGUCCUACUUGUGACUGGAGUAAUCUGUGAAUCUCUGGGCUGGCCCAUGGUCUUCUAUAUUUUUGGUGCUUGUGGCUGUGCUCUAUGUCUUCUCUGGUUCAUUCUGUUUUAUGAUGACCCCAAGGACCACCCAUGUAUAAGCAUCAGUGAAAAGGAAUACAUCACAUCCUCCCUGGUCCAGCAGGUCAGUUCAAGUAGACAAUCUCUGCCUAUCAAGGCUAUGCUUAAAUCGCUUCCAGUCUGGGCUGUUUCCAUUGGUACUUUUACUUUUUUCUGGUCACAUAUCAUCACGACACUAUACACGCCACUGUUUAUCAACUCCACGCUUCAUGUUAAUAUAAAAGAGAAUGGGUUUCUGUCUUCCCUUCCCUAUUUGUUUGGUUGGAUCUGUGGUAUCCUAGUAGGUCAGUUAUCAGACUUCUUCCUGACCAGGAAUAUUCUCAGCGUAAUUGCUGUCCGGAAACUCUUCACAGCAGCAGGAUUUCUCCUUCCUGCAAUCUUUGGUGUAUGCCUGCCUUACCUGAGUUCCAGCUUCUACGGCAUUGUCAUUUUCCUAAUACUUGCUGGUGCAACAGGCAGCUUUUGCUUGGGUGGAGUACUUAUAAAUGGCUUGGAUAUCGCUCCCAGAUAUUUUGGAUUUAUUAAAGCAUGUUCAACUUUAAGUGGAAUGCUAGGAGGACUGAUUGCUUCCACUUUGACUGGAUUGAUCCUUAGGCAGGAUCCAGAAUCUGCCUGGUUUAAAACCUUCAUCUUGAUGGCAGCCAUUAAUGUGACUGGCCUAAUUUUCUACCUUAUAGUUGCUAAAGCAGAAAUUCAGGACUGGGCUAAAGAAAGACAACACACACGUCUCUGAAGUGUGAAACAGAGCACUUGCAGAGCCUGCGACAACUUCCUUAUUGAAGGGAAGAAGGACCAGCACACAAGGCUAAGGCUGAGGGGCAGUCACUAGCACCAGGAAGAAGGUGGUAGGAAGAGUCCUAGGGGCCGUUUUUACCCUCCCACAUACCCUGUGUGCAUCGUUUUUUAACAUGUAUUGUUUGUAACAUGUAAUAUAUCUGAAUUUUAAAUGGGGGUGGUGAUUUAUCUCAGUCUUCCUCUCUGCAUCAGUUGCUUUAUAAAUGAUUGUUAAACCAAUAAACACACACAAGAUAAAAUUUUAUUCUAAGGCUUCAUGAAA